AUGUUUUAAUAUACCCCUUAAGAAGAGGCCUGUUAUAAAUAACUUUGGGCGACUUUUGAUCCAUAAGUAAUUCAAAUUAAUUUGAUUAUUAGGGUCUAGGCUUUGCAUAGGUCAAUGGUAUAAUUAAUUUUUUCAAAAAAAGUCGAUUAUCUUUCUAUUCACUUUAAAGUAUGGUGUGA